UCUGAUUGUGCAAGAGGUGCUACUACUUGUAAACUGUGACAAGUAGUUGUACAAGGACAGCACACUGCAUAUAGCUGGUAACUAAGCAUUCUCACUGGGACGAUUGCUGGAACAGGUCUGCUUUUCUAAGGAAAGUCAGCAUGAGGCGGCCUAUUGUCAAAGUGGGAAGCAUACUACUGCUAUGCGUGGGAUUUGUUGGUCUCUUGUUCAUUAUGCAAGAAAGUAAAGAUAAAAUAGAAGAGAUUGAAGAUCGGCCUGUUUUUGCUCGUCAUGUUAUCUGUGAACCUGCUAUCAUAAAAAAGCUUGAGCGGGUCUCUCACUGUCAGGAGAACUCUUCAGUGAAAAGUAUUGAUGGAUUUUCCAAACUGCCUGAACACAUUAAAGACUUCUUGAGAUAUAAACAUUGCAGAAACUUUUCACAGAUCCUUAACGCACCACAGAAGUGCGGUGGAAGAGCUGAAUCUAAAGGGGUAUUUCUGCUUCUUGCCAUAAAGACUUCCCCUGGGAAUUAUGAAAGAAGAGCUAUCAUUCGCCAGACUUGGGGGGAGGAGAACAGCUAUAACGGUGCCCAUGUCAGAAGGAUUUUUCUUUCUGGAACUUCCAAAACUAUGAGUAAGGACAAACGUUUCAGGCAGCUUCUCAAAGUUGAAAGCGAAACCUACGGUGAUAUUUUACAGUGGAACUUCCAUGACACUUUUUUUAACCUGACAUUGAAACAGUUCCUCUUCCAUCAGUGGUUAGAGGAUAACUGCCCAGGAGCUCAUUUUAUUUUUAAUGGUGAUGAUGAUGUAUUUGUGAACACUUUCAAUGUUGUCACCUAUCUAAGUGGACUGAAGGCAGAUGAUCACCUCUUUGUUGGACAGCUGAUAACCAAUGUUGUCCCUGAUCGUGAUUCUGAUAGCAAAUAUUAUGUGCCCAUCCAGGUAACCAGUUCCAAUUCCUACCCAAUGUAUUGUGCUGGUGGGGGAAUUCUUCUAUCCAGAUUCACUGCUCUUACCAUUUACAAUAAGUCCUUGGAAAUUCCACUAAUCCCUAUUGAUGACGUUUAUCUUGGCAUGUGUCUGGCAAAGGCUGGCUUAGUCCCAGCCUCUCAUAUGGGAAUGAGGACAGGAGGAGUGAGUGUGCCAUCUGAAAAAUUUGACUCUUUGGACCCGUGCUAUUAUAGAGAACUUCUAAUGGUACACCGUUUUGUGCCAUACCAGAUGCUGGUCAUGUGGAAAGCUAUACAAGAUCCUCAUCUCAACUGUGGACAGAAGCGCUCUAUAUCUGUAGGCCAGUAACAGAGAUGGACUUUUUGGGAAGAUUUUGGAGAAAUAUUCCAUUUGACUCUCUUAACAAAUAGUGUUAUCUAUAAGAUAUGGAGGAUUAAAAAAAUCUGUUUUGCCAUCGCAAAUCAGAAACCAGAGUAGAAAUUUGAAUUUAAA